AGGUGGAAACUGUGAUUGAGGCGUUAAACCAAGAUGAAUGGAAUUGUAGAAGUUAAGACAUAUGGAUUUUGAUACCACCUUCACAAUGGGAUCGUCAUACUUGUAUCUCCUGCCCCUUUCCGUCUUUGUCCUCUUCCCAUCCACAUUUAUAAUCACGUAUACCUUAUCAGUAUGCUCCACCAUACCGAACCUGAUUUUCCAUACAUCAGUGACACUGGUACUUAUUCUCCCAGAGAGCUGCAUAUUUGGGCAGGCUCUCAACAUAGGAGCUUUAGUUAUUCUUGUAACCAUCUACGUUAGAUAUAGGCAGAUUGCUGAGUUGUACCAUAACCACUCGUCCUCGUCUCACAUUGUACGCCUAAACCGCAUAGGCCUAUUUGUGGGCUCAGUUGCAGCACUUGGCAUAUCAGUUGUUGCAAAUUUUCAAGAGACAAAUGUUUUUUAUGUUCAUAUCACAGGGGCACUUAUGGCCUUUGGUCUAGGGACUGGAUAUCUUUGGGUUCAGGCUCUGUGUUCGUACCAAACUCAUCCUUUGGUAAAUAGCUUGGCCAUGGCUCAUGUACGACUUAGUCUGGCAACUGUCGCUUCGAUAUGCUUCCUAGCUGGAUGUGUAUGUGCUAGUAUAGCACAUUCACAAUUUAAUGAUGUAAAAGUAGAGGAUAAGAGUAGAAAUUUAAAAGGGAAUUUUAAACCACUUGGCAUCAAAGAGGAGAGAUUCAAGGUCCAUGAACACAUCCUUAGAAAUGAAAUUAAGGUUGUUCUGAGUCACUGGAUGGCAAUGAUAUCAUUAGAUUACUUGAUAUUCAUCAGAGGGAAGAACAAGGGGUCAGAAGUGGAUGGAAAAAGGACAGAAGAAAAUGUAGAAAAUGUGACUUUCUAUCCAGUGUAG